AUGGGUGAUUAUUUAAAAACAGGGUCAGUAAAUUAUGAUUUAGAAAUAUUAAAGAAAAAACCUGAGAAAAAAUUAUCUAUAGAUAAACAAAAUUUAUAUCUACAAGGGUAUGGAAGACAAUGGGGUGAAAAACUAGUAUAUAGUGUUGGACUAGCAUAUGGAUCAGGCUUAUUGUUAGGAGGAGGAUGUGGAUUAAUAAACGGAAUCAUGAAAGGAGGUAAAACGAAAAAGCUGUUUUUAAAUUCAGUAUUGAAUUCAACAUCAGUUAUUGGUCCAAGUGUUGCUAAUCAAAUGGCAUCAUUGACCAUGAUAUUUUAUGCAUUAAAUAAUAUGGUAAAAUUAAUUACUAAAAAUGAUGAAAUAUAUAAUUCAAGUAUAGCUGGUUUUUUAGCUGGAUGUAUUUAUAAAAGUUCUUCUAAUUAUAAAAUAUUGGGAAGUUAUUCAAUUAUGUCUUCUGCCGUUUUUUCAUGUAUAGACUAUGGAUUUAAAAAAGGUUACAUUUGA